CCUUUUGGCGCUACACGAGGACAGCCAACAGCAGAAAUUCCUCCUUUUUGCUGUGAUAAUUUCGCAUUUUAAUCACAAUGGAAGUUGGAAAACUUGUUGACGUCCUUCGGGCCACUCUGGAUCCCAACCAACGAGAACAAGCAGAGCAACAGCUAACCGAUGUUAGUAUUAAUAUUGUUGUUUUAUAAGUAAAUAUAAAGAAUUCUAAAUAUGGCUGACAUCACGUUCAUUAAAAAAAAAAACAACAACCCACUUUUACACUUUCCAACAGGGCGCACGUUUUUCCUGUCUUAAACUCUGAACUGGCAACCAUUUUCCUGUUUUUAGUAAGAUCUAGGUUAUGUUAGUAAGAACAUCAAAGCUAAGGUGUUGUUGAACAAAUUUUUAGUGAAAUAAAAAAAUAAAGGAAAAUAAAUGCAGAUUUAUAAAAUUUAUUAUUAUACUUACAAAUUACUCACUGCUGUGGAAUGAACAGUCCAAGUCCAAUGAUGCCAGUAAUCCACACAUUAACAGAUCUUUUUACCCUCAAACUCUUAAAAUUUUACAAUAUCAUAAAAACAUAAUAGUAAAAUAAUAAACUAACAGUGUAUAAAUAAUGUAUACACACCUCAAAAUCGUACAUUGUAGGAGAGUAAACUGGUCUGCAUUAACACAAAUAUUAACAAAAUACACCUUAUCACUUUUAAUAGUCAUCUAUACACUUUUUAUGAAAACACUGCCAAGAAGUGUGUAGUGUAGUGUACACUCCUUACGCUGAUAUGAAAUAUCUAGCUCAGUUUCAUAGUCAAUUUCCAUGUAAUUUUAAUUUAAAUUGAACCCAGCAUAAUCUCCGCUACCACUAGAAGAAUUGUGAAAAACUUAGCAUAAAACCCUGAAAACUAAAAAAAAAAUAUGAUCAACUUUAAAGAAAAAAUUGUGACUAGCGCACAACCUAUCAAAGCUAUCGACUAAAUAAUGGGAAGUCUGGCAAAGUAUCUGAGAUCUCGUCGUUACAACCUUUAGUUGUCAUGGACGCUUUUUGACAUUUUGCCCGUUAGGUAGUAAAGAUGUUUUUGGCCCUUUGUUCCUAGAAAAGGGUUAAUUGCUAAUUUACAAAGAUGGCCCAUUAAUUAUAUAAGCCUAUAGUUAGGACAUUAAAUUGAUCUAAUAGGAUGAACUAUAGAGUAAUAACUUUUUCCAAAGGUUCACAAGAUCAUAGGCUUUGCUCCUGUUCUUCUCCAAGUUGUGAUGACAGACCAAGUAGAUAUGCCAGUUCGACAAGCAGGUAUUUUUGAAACACAAAAUCAUAUUCAUUUUUAUUUUAGAUCCUUGUGCUGCUUAAGAUGUGGGAUGUACCAUAUGCAAAUUUUAUGGUAAAAGACAAAAUUGAUUUUAUUUUGUGUGUGUUUUAUUAUAGGUGUUAUCUAUUUGAAGAACAUGUUGACUCAAUACUGGAUGGAACGUGAACCAGAACACGUGACGGACAGCAUUCCCUUUAACAUUCAUGAACAGGAUAGACAGCCCAUCAGAGAGAACAUUAUUGAAGCUAUCAUUCAUGCUCCAGAACCUGUCAGGUUUGCAUUUGUAUACUUUUUUUUGGAUACUAGUGAAGCUUUAGAAAUAACUGACUUUGGUUUUAAUUUUAAAUAAAUAAAAACGUGAUGGAUUAUUUGAAAAAAAGAACUAGAAUGAGUUAAAUGAAAUAGAAACUAUUUUGAAUAAAUGUUAUUUGGAACAUAAUAAAUUUAAAAUCAAGAGUUGCAAAAAAAGAAACAUUGUUCUUAUAUUUAUACUGUUGGUUUGUAAUAUGAUUGAAAAUAAAGCACAAUUUGAAUGAAGAAAAAAAAGAGUUCAUUUUUGGUAAAUCUGGUUGGGGGAGGGUAAUUAACCCCUUUUGCCACAUGCAGACACUGGUUGGUCACCCUGGUAUAACAUAAAAACAAUUAGUAAUUAGUCAAACUCAAAUAAUGAUGCAAUUUAUAAAGGGAUUAAAAAUUCGCUGUGAUUCAUAAACAGAAUAUUGUUGCCACCUACAUAUAAUUGAUUUGACUUUGAGGUGGAUGUUGCCAUACCACUGAUAUUUACAUGAAAGGUUAUGGACUCGGUAAAGCUGUUUUUUUCUCUCCUUCACUGUUGAUUGAUGUGAUCUUUGUUCAUUUCUUCAUCGAUUGUUCAAUCUCUUAUUUUUUAUUAGAGAGAUCUAACCCUUCUGCAUGAAAAUAAUUAUAAAAGUUAAUUUAUUUACAUUUAAAAUAAAUAUUACCAAUCUUUAUGUAAUUUCUAAUUCUGUGCUCACUUUGAUGUAAACAAAGCCACAAUAUGAGAGAUCAUAGUUUAUUUUAACCCGAGUAAGUAAAAAAAAAGCUUGCAGGCCUAGCAUUUGAAACAAUUUUUAGUCAUUAACAUAUUUGUUGAGAUUCACAUUUUCCACUAUAAGGCGAAGAAAUCUUUCAUCUGGAAUUUCAAACCAUGAAAUUUAACAAUACGAUUUUUUUAUCCACAGAGUUCAGCUUUGUGUCUGCCUUAGCCAUAUCAUAAAAAAUGAUUUCCCUAGUCGCUGGCCAAAUGUGGCUGAAAAGAUGGCAUUAUACAUAAAUUCUGAUAAUCAUGCUACCUGGAUGGGUGCUUUACUCUCUGUCUACCAGUUUGUAAAAGUUUUUGAGUAAGUAUUGUCAAGUGUUCAGGAUGGAUGAUGUAAUUUAACCCACAAAAUAUUAUAACCGCCGUUGUAGCUGAUUCUGUGAUGUAGUUUUUGAUAUAAUCGGCCUGUACUAAAAUUAAUAUUAUAAUUGCAAAUCAGAAAUGUAUUUAAAGGGGGGAUAACUAAUAAAUUUGAUUUACUCCCUGUUGACGAAGAUCACUAUCCUUCCGUUUUUGAUAUGAUAGGGAUUUUCCCAUACCUUGUUAUUUAUAUCAAUUUAUUUUUUAAAAAUAGUUUUUAUUAGUUACAAAGCCCUGGGCUUUGCUUUUGUGAGGAAAAGAUAUAAAAUUACACUAAUUGUUGCGAGCUAAAUUUAAAGAAUUUAAUAAUAUAAUAUAAAUUAUAUUAUAUUAUUAUUUAUAAUAAAUAAAUAAUAAAGUUAUAAUAUUAAUAUGAUGUGCGUUGCAACUAGUUUUGAAUUUCCGAUCAUAAAAAUAUGGCAACUGGUUGGGUUUUCUUCAAAAAAUAGCUGGUGUUUUUUUUUUUGUUGUGAAAUCACCAAAAUUUGGUAAUAAAAAAAAUCAUGAUUUGUUUGAUGGCCGAAUGUCCGAUUCUCAAAAUUGGAUAGGUAAAUAUUUCAUAUUCAUUUUUUAAAAAUAGAAUUUUGAAUUGAGCUGAAAUUUUCAGAUUUUUUUUAAAAAGUUAAAACUAACUUGUUGGAAUAAGAUGUUAGCCUUGCAAAAACAAAAAACUAAUUUAUUUGAAUUAUUUCUUCGUGAAAGUGGUUUUGAUGAUAGUUUUCUUGGUAUUACUCAUGGGAGAGAUUAUAACGAUUGUGGCGCUGGCACGUGUAGCAGUUCAAAUUCUGAUAGCUGGAGUAUUGAAAAUAGGAUGCUAAUAGAUUUAAAUGGCAUUAUAUAAAGAAAUACAUAUAGCAUUAUAUAAAGAAAUAUGUAGGUCACCUAUUUUAAUUUUUUAAAUUUCUAUAAAACCCAAAUUACCCUAUAUAUUGUAUCUGAAAGAAUAAUGUUUUAUGUGUCUGAAAAGCUUAUGUAGAGGAUAAAAAGGACCCAACAGUCAGUGUGGGUGUGAGUUAAAGAAAGAUAAAGACAAUUUGUACUCACUAUUGAAAGGUCAAAGUCAUAUUCAUUUCACAUAGCUCUGGAUAUUCUGACAUUUAUACCAUAUGAUUACUUGUCCAGUUUACUCUCAUAUAUAUAUAUAUUUGUAUGAAUGGGGUGAAUAUAGAAUAAAGUGUAUAUUGGCUCUAAAUAAAAACACUUGCAUCAAAUAUCACCCCCUUUAGCAUUACUAAAUGCUAUCAUUGGUGAUAUAUAUAUUAUUAUUAAUAUUUCUGAAUAAAAAAAAAUGUUCCCCCCAAAAAAUUUUAUCAAAAUUACUACUUACUGUUCAUGAAUGAUUCCAGCAGCAAUCCUAAACAUUUUAAAUGGACCCAAUAGGAUUUAAGCUUCAUUUUGAUAUUCACUGAAUUUCUUGUAAGAAGUAUACAUUGGUUUCUCUAGCCAACAUCAUUUUUAGAAUAUGUGCAAAAAAAUUAUCAUUUAACCCAAUAAAAAAUUUGUACAAAAAUCUUGUAACCAGGCCAAAUCAAAAUCAUAAACAGAAGUGGAAUGACAAUAAAUUGAUAUUUUAAAAAAAAAUUACUCAUUACUGUGACACUAAAUAUAUUAUAAAAUACUGGCCAUGAUGAAAUACAACUAUUGAUUCGAAUGUUUUUAAAAUCAGAUAUAAAAGAUGUGAAGAACGCCAGACAAUGGACGACACUAUGACUCAUAUGCUGCCUAUACUGUAUCAACGCUUGCUACAGUUUGCACCUGAUCCCUCUGAAGUAUCAAGCCUUUUACAAAAACAAAUCCUGAAAAUAUUUUUUGCCUACACACAGGUAGCUUUUAGUGUUUAUUUAUUUUUUAACUCUUAAACUUCCUAAUUAAUAAUGAAAAUUUAGUAGAUAAUUCUACCAGCGACCCUGGUGAAUCCAAGGGUGCUCGUAAAAACGAAAAGUCAACUUCAGAUUUUAAAAUUGAAAGCUAUGGCCUUCCAUGUUGUUGGUUAGGCAAUUUUGAGAGAGCUUUAUCAAAAGUAGGUUAUUCAGGAUUGAAUUAACAGGGAUAAGCACAUUCCCCCUCUCAUCCUCUUAAUUUCUAUGAACAUAUCAUUAAGUUGUAUACUUUUCGCAUGUGUUUUAAAAUUUAACAUGUAAAUAAGGUACAAUUAUCAUGACUUUGAUUCCUUGGUCUUUGAUUUUUUAUUAAGAUUAUCAAAUGUAUAAGAAUUAACAAAUAUUGAUACAAUAUUCAUUAUUACGCAUUGUGCAAUAUUGUUUAAAUUUGCCUAUUUGAAAAUAAUUUAUUUCAUUAACAAAAAUUAUUGCAUCAAGAACUACCUACCACUCUCUGUACUGACAAAGGAAAUUUUCACCCGUUGGAUGGAAGCCAUUCGUUUAAUUGUGGAUAAAGACAUUCCAGCAGUGAGUAAUGUUUCUUAAUGAUGAAUAAUUAUACAAGGAAAAUUAUUUUUAAUUGCACAAUUUCAAAUUGUAAUCAAGUAGGUGAUACCGACCCAGUUCCAACUAUCUUACAUUCAACAUAUUGAAAAGUAAUUCUAUAAAUUACCAUAUUUUAAAUCCUGAUUAUUAAUUUUUUUGCUCCAAAUUUUCUUACUCAACUCUUUCGCUGCGGUGUAACGCACUGUGUUUAUCCGCCAUUCUAAAAAGCACGGACCAAAGCGCUCUGUGAUUUUUCAAUAUCAUGUUUCUUUGCUAUUUCUCAGUUAAACUUUUUAAGGGCUAUUUUUAAAUAAGACUUUUACUACCCUAGGCUCUAGUAGGUGAGUUAGUUUCCUAGAGGAUUAACAGCUCAGAAAGCUUUGGAAUUGUUUUAUUCUAUUUCUUUUGAUAGUGGAGAUGAUUUAUAUUUAGAUCCGUUGCAUGAUUCAGAUAGUAGUAGUUUUAGAGGAUUUGAGUCAUAGAAGUGAAGAUGAGGUAUGCGUACAUCAUAGGGUUUGGGGAGAAAAUGGUUUUGCACAUAUUUUUUCACAUUUUAUGGUUCUUUUAUGGUUCUUUCUGUUGCUUAUUUUAUUUAAACUGAAGAAAUAAGUUUACAGACAUAUAGUCCAUUCAGUUAUCUUUUAUUUGGUACCAAGUUUAAUCUUAUAAACCAAACAAUAUUUUAUUUUUUUUUUAAUAAACCCAACCUCUCCCUUUUUUGCUCUUUGAAAAAAUGUACAUAGAAAAAUUCCGCAGUGAAAGAGUUUAGAAAAAAGAAAAAGUCAAGUUUUUAAUGGAUUGAUGGCCUGUUGCAUAUGAUUUGUUACAACAAAAGACAAUGGGCAGGUGUGGGUUAAUCACCAUUAAAAGUUUUAAACUUUCCAUUCCAGGAAGCUGAUCAGGUAGAUGAAGAAGAUAGACCAGAACUGGCAUGUUGGAAACUUAAAAAGUGGGCUGUCAGAAUUCUUUCUAGACUGUUUGAGAGGUAAAGACAAGAUCAGAUAACAGUAAUUUCUAUUGCCAUGGAUAUUUCAUUUCUUAUUCAUUUUAUCACUGUAUGGACUCUGUAAUUUCAAAUCUGUUUACUCUUACAAUUUUCGUGUACACUAGGAUUUUGAGAUCUCUUACAACUGUAUGCCAAGGCCUGUCAAUAUAUUCAGGUCCCUUUUAUGUUUUAAGAAGAAUAUACAACUUUUUUGGUUUUUAGCUUUAGCUGCUUGCUACACCCGCCGGUAAAUGGACAGAAAUUUGAUUGGCUGGGGACCAUUCUUUAUUUCGUAAACUCUAGGGAAAGUGGGGUUGGUGUUUACUUGGAAGUGUAUUAGAGGGGUAGGGGAGGGGCUUAAUAUUUUUUAAAUACUAUGAAAUAACGCCACCACUGUGUUUCGCAAGGAUCGUUGUUUUGUGUUUUCACAAUCAACUUGCUCGAUACAGCUACUGAUAUUCAACGUAUUCACCCUAGGGACAAAUGUAGUCAAUUUCCCUUUUGCUUGCUUCAAAGUAGUAUAGCGUAGUUUUGUGAUGUGAUUAUUUUGUUAUUUUGGCGGCGGCGAUUCAAAUUUGGAGAAAACUACAAAAUGUUAUUUUUAAAAAUAUAUUGUAAACCUUUCCACUACCCCGUCACAGUGGUGUUUGUUAGAUCUAGUAAGCGCAUUUUAAUUAUAUUUUUAGAAAUCACCAAGUAGCUGUUAAACAUUAUUACCCCAGUUUGGUUUAAGCACUCCUCUUUCCAUCUCCCAAUACAGUUGUGCAUGUGGUGGGCGUCUUAAAUUUCCGCUUCCCUACCACAUUUUCUAUUGUGGUAGCGAAUGACAUGAACCUUUUUAUUUGCCAGAAUGUAUGAAUUUUUGAGCCCUACCUUAUCAUAUGUAAAUGUAUAAAUAUCAUUCAUCUACUUUGAGAAGUGACCUUUGUUAGACAUACAAUGCAAAUAGUCGUUGAAUACAUUAUACUGUGUUAAAUAUUAUAUAAUGUUGUACCAUUUUGAGUUAAGUACAAUUCUGAGUCUACAUUGUUCUAUUUUGGGAGUUCCAGUGUAACCGGGUUUGGAAUUUAAGUUAUAAUAACAAAUUUUAAUUAAUUGCAUUUUCUAGAUAUGGAAGCCCUGGCAAUGUCAUCAAGGAAUACACAGAAUUUUCUGAGUGGUACCUCAAAACAUUUUCUUGUAAGUACUUAUGUCAAUUUUAAAUAGAAAAGGAACUUAUGAAUUUUUAAGCCCUACCUUAUCAUAAAAAUAUUUGUCAAAGAAUUUAAAGGGAAUUUAUUUUACAGGUGGUGUCCUCAAUGUUUUACUAAAGUUAUGUCAAUUUUAAAUAGAAAAGGAACCUAUGAAUUUUUAAGCCCUACCUUAUCAUAAAAAUAUUUGUCAAAGAAUUUAAAGGGAAUUUAUUUUACAGGUGGUGUCCUCAAUGUUUUACUAAAGUUGUUGGAAGGAUAUAGACAAAAAAUGUUUGUUGCGCCCCGUGUUUUGCAGCAGGCGCUCAACUACAUUAAUCAAGGGUAAGUACAAUUUUAAAUUAUUAAAAUGGUUUGCAAAAGGUUUAAUUUUUAUGUUAUUUAUUAAAUAUUAUAGUUGCACCUGAUAUUACCAAUUCUUUCAUCCAUUUAUUGAUUUGAUUCAUCUGAAUUUUUUUUUUUAAUAAAAUAUAUUAAUAAGCAUAUAAUUAAAACAUUUUUCAACAGAAUUAGCCAUGCCUUUUCUUGGAAGUUCAUUAAGCCACACAUCCAGGUAUAUAUUUUUUUCCUUCUUAUUUGUGGUAAGCCUUAUUUUUUAUUAUUUUUUAUUAUAAUUUUUUGUUUGUUCAUUUUUGAAAUGUCAAAUGCCUUUAUGAUUUUUUUUAAAAAAGGGUUUUCUGCAAAUUCUUAACGAAUCUUGGAAUCAUCUAUAUAUUUCUGUUUUUAGGGUUUACUAUCUUUUACUUGUUACUGUUUAACAGACAAUGAUCCAAGAUGUGAUCUUCCCUCUGAUGUGUCACAGUGAUGAAGACGAAGACCUGUGGACUUCAGACCCUCAUGAGUAUAUUCGUGUUAAAUAUGGUAGGUAAUACUUAAAAUAGGCUUGCCAAAUCUUAUUUUUAAAUAUAUUGUUUCAUUAUUUUUAUAGUUUUAAUAGCUUAAGGUAUUCUUAAGUUAUUCUUAAUUUUGAAUCAUAAAACUAUUGUACAUUUAAUGAUUGCAUUGUACAUUCAUACCUUAUUUAUCGCAGUUAAUGAGCUUCAGACUACCAUGAUAAGUGGAUUUCUGUGAAGUAGGAUUCUUUUUUAUGUAAAUCAAAAUUUUUGACAGAGCAUAGAAAACCUGAACAGUUUUUAACAUUAAUUAGAUUCUCUGGGGGUGAUCGAAUACGUAGGCCUUCAGUCCAUACGUACAGUAAUUUUAAUUGUAAUACAGAGGUGUGUAAUGGACAACCAAGCGCGUGCUGUAUUAUUUUCACUAUCUGGAUAAACUUUUUAAUAAUUGCAUUAAAUAUUUGAGAGAACAAAAAACGUGAUAGUUUUGAAGCACGGAAUGGAGAGGGACAACUGUAAAAAGAAAUGGCUGUUAAGCAUCUCUUUCCUCCUCUUUCUAAUUUCGCAAAACCUGCUUAUAAAAGCAGUUUUCCCAAAACUUGUUUGAUAAAACAUUCAGAAUUCUCAACAAAGUCCAUUUGGUUUUCUAUGUUACCACCAGUGCCUGAUUUGGAGCUGUGGCAAGGAGUUUAUCUUCUUCCAUAAUAGGACAAAUUAGUUAUUCAAAACUUACUUUCUGGUUAAAAAACCUGGUAACCAAUUAAUAAUGAAGAAUAAUUUUUCAUGCAAACAGCUUACUUUUGUUUCAGGUAUAGUAUUGUUUGCAAGUGACUUUGCUUAUUAUCCGAUUUUAUUUGAAAAAAUCAUAUCUGAUAUUUAACGAGAAAGGGUAAAAUUAAAAUGUUUUUAAAAAGUCAUAACCAACUUGCAAAUUUGAUUUUCAUAACUGUAUUUGGACCCUCUAUAAUCUUGUGAUCAGUUGAUCCAAGUGAUUGUCUAUUUCCUCUGAUUUUAAUGUAUCUGCUCCUUAUAGAUGUGUUUGAGGACUUCCUAUCACCAGUGAUGGCUGCUCAAACAGUUUUUCACUCUGCCACUGCCAAGCGCAAGGAAGUUUUAAAUAAGGCAAUGGGAUUCUGCAUGUCCAUACUCACCAACCCCAACUCGACUCCCAGACAAAAGGAUGGUGCACUUCAUAUGGUUGGAGCAGUUGCAGAAGUUUUAUUGAAGGUUAGAUUGGCUUGUUACCAAAUUCAAAGUAUUUUAGUAUUUUUCAGCUUUUGCUUAAUUAUUAAGUUAAUUGAAACUUUCCUUAGUUAUUUACUUCUCUAUUUUCAUGAAAUUAUAUGAUUAAUUGCUUCUUUCAUACUUACACAUGUCAUAAAAAUUUUAAUACUUUAAAAUAUGCAUAAAUCUGUCCAUAAUUCACGCCUGCAGGCGCCAAAAUUAUUAAAUCAUUAUUCCUGAACUAAAGGAAGAACUGCUCUAACAUUUGUAUAUUUAAAUUUAGCCAAUAUACCUGACGUUGCUUGGGUCUACCUCCUGAUCCUAUUGGUAAUCCUAUCCCAAUGGGAUCCCGAUACCUCUGAAAACCAAAUUCCGGUGUGAUCUUGAUCCCCUCUGUAUCCAGAUCCCAUUGGGAUUUGAUACCAAGCCCGAUUGGAAUCCCUUUUAAAAAUGGGAUACCAUACUCUAUUGGGAUUUUAUUCCCAGUAAUUUAGUUGAUACUGGCGGAAAUGCUAAAGCUACCAUAAGUAGUGUUCAUUACCAAUGCUUGGGUCUGAAAAGAGUAGAGCUUUGUAUUUUAUCUUGGUUUUUACAUGUAAUCAUGGGCCUUUUGAUACAAUUUGUAUUAUAAGAUUUGGAAAGGCCCUAAAUAUUGAUCCAAUGUUUCUCUUUUUAUGCAUUAACUGUAUUAAACAUGUUUUUCAGAGGAAAAUCUACAAGGAUCAGGCUGAGCUCAUGUUGACAUCUCAUGUAUUUCCAGCCUUUAGCAAUGAAAAUGGAUUCCUUAGGGCUAGGGUAAAUAUAAAAAUUACACUUUUGUAUAAAACUGUCUUUUCUGCUUUUAUAGUGUCAUUUUUAAAAAGAUGGUUGAUGUUAUUUGUUGUUAUUUUUGACACUAGAGUUAAGAGAAGAAACUCUUUUUUUAAAAAAAAUUAUCAAUAUACUCAAUCUUUAGAACAGGCUGCACUCUAUUAAGUUUUAUUCAGAUGGUCACAAAAAUUGUCAAACUACACUGGUAUAUACUACUGUAAAAUAAUUAAUAGUCACAAUAUUAGAUAGAAUCUGCUGAAUUUUAAAAUUCUAAAAAUUUGUGAUAAUUAUAUUUAAAUACAUUUUAUUUCAAUAGGCUUGUUGGGUCAUUCGGUAUUUUUCUGAGAUGAAAUUUCGAAGUGAUCAAAACUUAAUGGCUGCUGUGGAACUUGUUAAAAGUGCACUGUGUGGAGAUAAAGAUUUACCUGUCAGGGUUGAAGCAGCUAUUGCACUGCAGAUGCUUAUAUCUGAACAAGAGAAGGGUAUGAGAUGUAUUUAUUUUAAUAAUACAGUUGAAAUGUCAUUGCAAAGCUUACAGUUUAUAUAAUCUAAUUUGAAGAUUUUAACAAGAUUUAAAAUUUUUAUUUCAGCAAAAAACUACAUUCAACCAUAUGUAAAGCCUGUUAUACUUGGUAAGUAUUAGACUAACAAUACUGCUUAUAAUGUGCUAUAACAAAUUGGCUAUAAUAAUUUUAAUAUGGACAGUUAAUGAAAUAAUUUUUUGAAUUAUAAAAACUACAUUUUUUAAUAGAAUUUAUUAAUGAGAAUUUCCAGAACAUUUACUUACUUUUCUAACAAAAGCAUUGGUCCUAUAUUUAUUGUAAUGAGUAGCUGGCUUCCAAUACAAUACAUUUAAAAAAGAAAUAUAAGGAACUCAAGACUGAAACAAGUUAAAUUUUCAAUUCUAUAUCAAUUUAAUUGCAUUACUUUAUUGCAGAACUUCUUCAAAUCAUUAGAGAAACAGAGAAUGAUGACUUGACAGGAGUGAUGCAAAAAUUAGUUUGUACCUAUGUUGAGGAUGUCAUUCCUAUUGCUGUUGAAAUGAUGUCACACCUUGUAAGUAUUCAUAUAAAAUAUGUAAUGAGUAACUCAACACUAUUGUUAUUUCAUAUUUUUUUUUAAAGCAAGAGGCUUUUUUUAAGUUAAAUGCAUUGUUGUGCAUUUUUUAGUUAAAAAUGCAGACAAAAUUGUUCAUAUUAUUUUCCAAUAUCAAGGGUUGAAUAGAGUUUGUCAAAAUACUUUUCAUCAUCAAGGAGUGAACAAAUAGGUUUUGUUACUUCAAAUUACGGUCUAUUGCCAUUUUUGACAAUUUUACGUUGCAGGCACAGACAUUUGCCCAGGUCAUAGAAUCUGAUAGUGAUGGUUCGGAGGAGAAAGCCAUAACUGCUCUUGGUAUUAUAAACACAAUGGAAACUAUUCUUAAUGUCAUGGAGGAUCAGAAAGAAGUAAGUUUAAAUUAUGCUAUCUUGAAUGUACAUUAAGAAGAAAAAUAAAGUACAAAUCAUCCUUUAAGAAAUUUUUAAUAGACUAUUGUUACAAAUUAAUGUGAUCUAAAUUUUACAGAUUAUAAUACAGCUGGAAGGAAUUGUUCUUAAUGUGAUUGGCAUUAUUCUGCAAACUGACAUUUUAGGUGAGUGUGCAUGAUAGAGCACUUAUAUUAUUAAUACUAAGAAUGCUUGCUUGUUUAAAAUAGCUAAAUAAACCAAUAAUGCACUGUUAUUAUUUGGUGAACCGUUUUAUUUAUAUUCUGGUUUUUAGUUCAAUAGCCUUUGAUAAAAAAAAUGCAUUUUUUUAAACUAUAUUAUGUAAUGAUACUUAUUAAUAAGAUUUGCUUAUAAUUCCCAAUAAAGCUUACAAUUUUUAAAAUAAUUUGAAUUAAUUUGGGCAAAUAAUGAUUUAUGAAGUAAUUAUUUAUUGUUUAUUUUCAGAUUUUUAUGAAGAGGUGCUCUCACUGAUAUACAGUCUCACAAAUUCACAAAUUUCUCAUCACAUGUGGGAAGUUUUUGGCAUGAUUUACCAGAUGUUUCAGAAGAAUGGAAUUGAUUAUUUUACUGGUAUUUUAACAAAUUUCCACUGGCUCUUUAGUUAUUAUGUAUUUUAAGGUACAUAUAAAAGUUAUGUAAUGAAUCUGAAUAACAAAGGUUUUCAGUUUAUUAAUUGUGCCCCAGUGAUGUAAACUAAACCAUGAGAUCAAGAGGGGUGCAUAAGCAAGUUCUGUAUCUUUUCUUCUAAACUAACUGCUUUUUCUAUUAGAAUCUAUAUUGCCCUAUUGCCAAUCUCUGUCUAUCCUGUUCUACUCAGUUUGCUUUGUCUGUCUUAGUUUAUUUUCUUAUGCUUUUUCUGUCUUAGCUUGCUGUGCACUCGAUCAAUGACAGAUGAUUAUGAGAGCUGAGGGGCUUUUGUUUUUUAUUUUGUUGUAUUUUGACCAUAUCUUAUGUUAAGUUGUAUAAAAUUCCAGACAUGAUGCCAGCUUUACAUAACUACAUCACUGUGGACACUGACGCCUUCUUGGCCAAUCCUACUCACUUAGAAGUCAUAUACAACAUGUGUAAAACUGUAAGGAUUUUUAAAAGCCUUGUUAUACAGAGAAAAGUUCCCUUUUUUUAUUUGGUUCUGAGACAAUCUUUGAUUUAUUCAAAGGGCACCAAUAACUUACUCCUGCUUGAACUGCAUUUUAUGUAACCCUUAUAAUUAAGGAUGUGCAUCAAACUGAAACUUUACACUAACUGUAAAUCAAAACUUGUGGAUGUAUAAAACAGAGAUAGUACAGGAAAUUUUAAUAUUAUUUACCAUUAAAAUGUAUAUAUGGGGUAGUUUUAAUCCUCCUCCUUGUUUUUAGCUAUUUAAGAUUAAUUCUUCCAAUAGUCAUUAUUGUGUAUAUUCCUUUAAUAAAGAUAUUUCUUUCUGUCUUGGAUAACUAGGUUCUUAACACUGAUGUUGGUGAAGAUGCUGAAUGUCAUGCAGCUAAACUUCUAGAAGUUAUUCUGUUGCAGUGUCCUGGAAAAGUAGAUCAUGUAAGUUGUCCAUGCUUUGUAAGUUGUCCAUGCUUAUUUAAUAGAAGGAAAUAUUUGAUUCCUUCUAAUUAUGUUAUGCUAAGCUAACCCAGCAAAGAGACCAAAUUUGGCCCAUACUUAUUCAAUCCUGUAAUUGCCAAUGAGCAUUGGUAUUUAGAAAAGGGGAACUUUCAAAUGAAAGUCUAGCAGUAUGCAAUUUUUCGACAACCUAUCAUGCUUAUUUAAGAAAGGAAUAUUUGAUUCCUUUUAAUUUUGUUUUAAGCUUAGCUAACCCAAUUAAUAAACAAAUCUUGCCUUCACUUAUUCAAUCCUGUAACUGCCAAAUCCAUAGUAUAAGCAUUGUUAUUCGAAAUGGGGAACUCUGGAUUCAGAACUUAAGAAUUCACACCACAUAGAAGAUGUAGACACAUAAAGCAACUGUUUAUGAAUGACAUUUACUUUGUUCCAUGUAGUUAUUUCACAAUAAUAGGCUUAUAUCAUAUUUUUCCCCUAUGGCUGGGAAUUAACAAGGUAAAAUUACCAAGUCCUGGGUUGAAUAGGUAAAUCAUUCUGAAAACCCAAAUUGUUAAUUUAUACAUUAUUUCAUAUAAUUUAAAUUAAUUUCAGGUGUUGGGCUCAUUCAUAGAGCUAGUACUGCAGAGGUUAACUAAAGAAGUACAAACAUCAGAGUUACGAACCAUUUGUCUGCAGGUAUAUGCUCAGGAAAUUUAUAUUAUUAGCACUUUCGCUAUCAGUAACAUUAAUUUUAAUUAAUUGCAACAAAAAAGCACCACCACCACCUUAUUGCUUUUAAGUAAAUGCUUAUUCAUGUUCCAGGUGGUAAUUGCUGGACUUUAUUACAACACUCCACUACUGUUGGAUAUCUUAAGUAAAAUGCAGAUUCCUAACGUUCAGGGCUCUAUCCUUGGCCAGUUUUUAAAACAGUGGCUACAUGAUGCAGAUUGUUUCCUUGGGUAAGUGAAUUUAUUCAGUUUUUUAGUUUUUUUAAAGUUUGGGAGUCUUUAAGAAGUAUCAGUUUUCUUCAUUAUUCAGCUUUUCAAAAGUUGAAUAUUUAUUUUAAUUUCAGCCUCCAUGAUCGCAAGAUGAGCAUUCUUGGACUUUGCUCUUUAAUAAACAUGGUGGGUCAGAGACCUCAAGAAGUUAUGGAGGUUGCGCCCCAAAUUUUGCCGGCAGCUUUGCUUCUCUUCCAGGGUUUGAAACGAGCCUAUGCAAGUCAGUAUAUUUUUUUCUUCUUAAUUUUUGCAAAGAUUUUUCAGGAUGAUAUACUAAUCCAGUCCAUUAUUGAGUCAAAUUUUUUUUUGAUUUGAAGAAGGAAAUAGCAAAGAAUGGGGAAAACCUGAAAAAAGGACAAAAGAGUCUGCAAGAAGCCUUCCUCAGGAAUAAAAAAAAAAUAAAAACAAUUGUUGCAAUUUAGUGUCCCAGAGGAUAGCAAAAGGAAUGUGACUUUCAAUCAUUUGCUUAAUCCGUAACCGGAUUGAGAGCCCUUAUUACCAUUGAUUAGAAGAAAAUUUAAAAAUGCAUUUUUCACCAUACUUCAAAUUGAAUUAAAGACCUGGUUACUCUUAAGAUUUUUGCAUACACACAGUAUGAUUUUGAUUUUUUUUGUACAAUUAUAUGCAGAGACCAGUCAGAACUAUGAUUUUAUUAAGCUUAGUGUUGAAAAAUAAAUUGUUAGUUUAUAUUUAAAAAAACCGAGUAAACCUUUUUCGUUUGUUAGAUUUAUCUCCUUUCUACAUCCGGCGGUGAAUGAACAGAGAACUACUAUUAGUUGGGGACCAUCCAUAGCUAUAUUACAUACGCACUAAAAAAUGGAGGGGGGAGUGUUGUUGACAAAGGCUCAUAUUGGUAUGCAUGGGGGGAGGAUAAAUAGGUGUCAAAAUAUUUUUAUAGACUAAAAUAAGACCGCCACUUAAUGCAUGUUCAGAAAUAGACAUAAUGGAUUUUUAUUGUUAAAACCAGCUUUUCCUAUUGAAUAGAGAUGGUCGUCAUAUUGUUGCUUUGUGUUUUCACCAUGAAUUUGCUAGAUAUGGCAACAGUAAUUUUUAGUGUAGUUUCCCUAAUGUUUGCUUCAGUGCUGUAUGAUGUAAGUUUGUGACAUAAUUAUUUGGUUCAUCUACCGAAAACUGCUUAUUUGUACAUUUUUAUUGAUGCUAUCUUAUUGUAGAAGUCACUGAGCAACUGUACAAUUUUAAUACCCCAGUUUGGUUCAAGCAUUUCUCAUCCCUUCUCACAAUAGAGCUUGCUUUGGUUAUUAGACCAUAAUAUAUUUAAGGAAAAUAAAAUCAAGCUUCUAGCCUUAAUGCAAGGGUGGCCUACCCGUGGCCCGCCACGUGAAAUAUUGUGGCCCGCCAUGUGAAAUAUUGUGGCCCGCCACGUGAAAUAGUGUGGCCCCCUCACAUGAAAUAUCGUGGCUCACUGGAUGUAUCACAAAUGAUCACAUUUUUUCAUUGUUAUUCAUUCUUUACAUAAAAUAAACACACAUUUGAAAUACAUCAUUUUUUCGUGAUGAUACGGCAGACCUGUUUACUCUUACGAUUUUGUUGGACAAUGUAAAAUUUGUAUGCAAAGACCUGUCACAACUACGAUUUUAAGAAAUUGGGUUGAAAAUUAUAUACAUUCUUGUAGUUUUUCUAAUUAAUAAAAAAAAUUAUUAAGCAGUACAUCUUCGGUUGUUAGUUUUUAACCUGCUCUCUACGCCUGGCAGUAAAUGGAUCCAGAAAUAUUAUUGGUUAAGGACCAAAUAUUAUGUUUGCUUUAGGAGAGGAAAGCGAUGGUGUUGAUUUGGGAGAUUUUGUAUACGGGUGUGCCGGGGAGGGGGGUCUAAAUAUUUAAGUCUAUAAAAUGAACACCACAACAUUUGUGUAAUGAUAGUGGGGAUAGUAAUAUUGUUGCUUUGUGUGUUUUCAUAACUCGCUAGACACGGCAACCUUAUUGUUAAUGACUAAGUCAAUCCUCUCUUUUGUUUUUUAAUAUAUUUCGUUCUGCAAACCACAACAGAAGUUUUUGAUAUAUUUUAUCGGAUUUUAGAACACACAAAAUGGAUACAAGAUUUGUAAUAUCCUAUUUCGUUCCAUCACUCCUCUUCCUUUCACCCAUUUACAGCUUUUGGUAGUUACUAGACUAAAAUAUAUUAGUGGGUAUUAGGCUUAAUGGAUAUUGAUUUUAAUUUUUUUUUUUUUUUAAACCAGCUUUUCCUAAAUUAUAAAUCUCAAGUUACUUGGUAGGUUUUUAAAUGAUGUUAUCAUUUGCUUAUAAAUUCUUAUUUCAUUAAAUUUUAUUUUAUGCUGAUCGAUUCGAGUUUGAAGCAUAUUAAAUUUCACCAGUAACUUUAUUUUUACCAGUAACAGACUUAUAUUUGAUCUGCAUGCUCACCAAAGAUUAAUUAAAAUCUGUAGCAAAUACAUGUCUGCAAAACAAAGUGACAGCAGAUUGCAAUAUAAAUGUCGAGCCAUCUACAUGUAGAAGUUAUCUUAUUUUACAACCGGCUUAACGCAAUCCCACUAGACAUGAGAUGCUUUAGUUACUGUAUAAAUUUGUAUAUAGUGUAUGUUUAUUUACUUACUAUUUAGAUACUGUAUUGUAAGAUUUUGAAAUGUGUACAAUUUUUUUAGGAGUUUGAGGGUAAACAGGUCUGCAGUAGUUGUAAAUAACCAAAAUAUUGUUUUAGUACUUGGCCUGCAGUUGAGGAAAAAAAUAUAACCAGUAGUAUGCAAGAGAAAUUGAUCAAAUAUAUCAUUUUUUUUAAAGGUCGCGCUCUUGAUGAUGAAAGUGACUCAGAUGACUCGGAUGAAGAUGAUGAUGAUGCUUAUGAAGGUAAUCUUACUUUUGUAUUAUGCUUAUUUAUUUUUAAUGUUUGGGGUUUUGUGUUGAAAUAUAAUUUUGUUUGUAAGGAGUGUAUAGAUGUUUUACUUUACUUUUUUUUUUAAUCCAGGUGAAAUCCUUUCAAGUGAUGAGGAUGAGAUAGAUGAGACUAGCCAGCAGUAUUUGGAGCGUCUAGAGAAAGCAGUGAGUAAACAUUUGAAAGACUUACAAGAAGUAAAGAUAAAUUAUUGUUUCUUUUUACAUGUUCUUCAAAGUAGUUAAUUGAGGAAAAUUUUAAAGAUUGGUGUUUAUUUUAUUUACUAGAAUCGUAAUGAGGAUGAUGACAGUGAAGAACUGACUGAUGACGGUGCUGAAGAGACUGCCCUUGAAUCCUAUACAACUGCUCUUGAUGCAGACACCUGUCCUGUGGAUGAAUAUGUGUCAUUCAAAAAUAUCUUGUCAAGUAUGCUUUUUUUUUUUUUUUUUUUUUUUUAUUUUUUUUUUUUUAUUUUUUUUUUUUUUUUUUUUUUUUUUUUUUUUUUUUUUUUUUUACAUUUCUUUCAUUAGAUCUUUUUUAAUCUUUAUUAUUGACAUAUAUUUGUGACAUGAACUUUAAAUGUUUUGAGUAGCGAUAUGAAGUUUAACUGCAUGAAAUUACUGUAUGACAACAAAGUUAUUGAUGUGUUUCUUUGGCAUGAUGGAUGUUUUAUUUAAUUUAGGUAUCUUGGCUUUAUUUAAAAAAUCGCCUUAUUCAUUUGUACAUACCCUGUCUAGAUCUGCCAAACCAGGAUAGUGUUUGGUACCAGUCCCUUGUUGGUGUACUGAACCCAGCGCAGUUGAAGGAAAUUGAAGAAGUCUUUAAACUUGCAGAACAGAAGAAAGCAGUUGCUGGUAAGAUUUAAACUUCAAUUUUAGAUUAAACUGUUUUUCUUCUGAAGCACUCAUCCAAAUCUUGUUAUAUUUUGGUAAUUUUCAUUUACUAAUUAAACAAUCUUGAAAUAACUUUGCAAUGAAUGGUAAAUGUAAAUUUGAAAAUUACUAUGUUCAACAUUUUUUUUUCUUCUCAGAUUCUAAGAAAAUUGAGGAAGGAGGUGGUUAUAUGUUUACCAACCGACAGGUGCCCACAUCUUUCAACUUUAGUUCACCCUAAGUGGUAUUAAAGUUCAACUCUUUUU